AUGGAAGACGCGUCGGAGAUGGACGUAGAGUUGCAAAAUCGUCAACUUUCAGAUUUUUCUUCACCUCAAAAUGUGAAGAAAUUUGGUCUCAAGAACUCUAUUCCGACCAACUUCGGCUCUGACUAUGUUUUCCAGAUUGUACCAAAAAUCGAUUGGACAGCAAUUGCGGUCUCUUUAUCUACCAACUCGGUGAAGCUUUACUCGCCGGUUACAGGUCAAUACUACGGCGAAUGUAAAGGUCACUCAGACACCGUCAAUCAAAUUGCGUUUUCAUCGGAUUCGGCGGCGUCUCCUCACGUUCUGCACUCUUGCUCCUCCGAUGGGACCAUCAGAUCUUGGGACACGCGAACUUUCCAGCAGGUUUCGUGUAUUAAUGCUGGGGAUGAUCAGGAGAUUUUCAGCUUCUCCUAUGGAGGUGCUGGAGAUAAUCUUUUGGCUGGUGGAUGCAAAGAGCAGGUUCUUCUGUGGGACUGGAGAAACUCAAAGCAAGUUGCUUGUUUAGAGGAAUCUCACAUGGACGAUGUCACUCAGGUACACUUUGCUCCUAACAACCCGAAUAAGUUACUUUCAGCUUCUGUGGAUGGAUUGAUAUGUCUAUUUAACACUGAAGGGGAUAUCAAUGACGAUGAUCAUCUGGAAUCUGUGAUCAACGUGGGAGUUUCAGUUGGCAAAAUAGGUUUCUUUGGAGAUUCCUAUAAGAAACUCUGGUGUCUCACUCAUAUAGAAACUCUAAGUAUUUGGAAUUGGGAAGAUGGAAGCUGCGAAGUCAACCUAGAAAAAGCGCGGGAACUCGCAUCUGAUAGCUGGACUCAAGAUAAUGUUGAUUAUUUUGUUGACUGCCAUUGCCCAGGAGGUGAAGAGUUAUGGGUGAUCGGUGGUACCUGCGCAGGUACCAUUGGUUAUUUUCCGGUGGAUUAUAAACGGCCUGGAGCGAUCGGUUCAGCUGAAGCUAUUCUUGGUGGAGGUCAUAUAGACGUAGUAAGAAGCGUUCUGCAGAUGCCAUGUGAGUAUGGAGGAGCUGCAGGGCUAUUCGGAUGGACGGGUGGUGAAGAUGGGAGAUUAUGUUGCUGGAAAUCCGAUGGUGACUCUACAGAGAAUAACCGGUCUUGGACUUCAAGCGAAUUGGUAGUUAAGCCGCCAAGGAACCGCAAGAAAAACAGACACUCUCCUUACUAA